CCUCAUCGUUGUGCACAUAAAGGAUUCAUAUUCUGAUAAACACCAUGUAAAAUAAUAAUUCAUUUCAAUAACGUUUAGUACAGAAAAGGUCUAAGUCAAUUGACUUGUACCCUUUAUGCAGUCAAUCGGAUCGCAAGGUGGCGUUGCUAGUGAAAUAUCGGUAGUUGUUAUUUUAAUUUUCUGUCAGUUAGAUUAUCUUGUCCAGCCAUGGAGGACGUAAAUAAUUUAAAACUUAAUAAAGGGGUAGUUAACUGCGAUGGAUAUAAAAGGAAUAUUUUUAAAAAGUGCGGAAGUGGAUCUCAAAAUUAUGAUGGAACUUGGUCAUAUUCAAUUCAGAGUAGCAUUCAACAAUUUGAGGAACGUUUUCCAGCUGUACAAAUAGAAUAUGAUAGUUUUCGUCAUCAUAGACAUAUUCUUGUUCAACGUUUUGAACCGAAAAAUUGCAUUUGUAAAGGAAAGGGGUCUGGAAGGUCCACAAUAAUAACCGAAGAAGUUGUUCAAGAUGUGCGAAUUCGCAUGGAGCAAAGUCCCACUAAAUCAGUAAAAAAGUUAGCAGCUCAAGCAGAUUUAUCUGUAGGAACUAGCCAUAAGAUUUUGAAAAAAAAUCUAUCAAUGCAUCCUUAUAAGGUUUCAGUACUGCAACAAUUGUUUCCUGGUGAUUUUGUUAAACGUAUGGAAUACUGUCAAUGGUUCAAUGAGCAAUUAAAUGACAAUAACUUAUUGGAUCGAAGUUUUUUUACUGAUGAAGCAUGGUUUCACUUAUCAGGAUAUGUCAAUAGUCAAAAUUAUCGAACAUGGGCAACUGAAAAUCCUCAUUCAUUUGUGGAGAUAAGUCUACAUCCCAUAAAAGUUGGUAUUUGGAUAGCAAUUUCAAGAAGAAGAAUAAUAGGGCCCAUAUUUUUCUAUGACACAAUUAAUGGCCAACGUUAUCGAAAUAUUUUUCUUGAAUUUGUUGAACAGUUACAGGAUGAUGAGUUACAAUUGGGUUACUUUCAACAAGAUGGAGCAACAGCUCAUACAGCUAGAGCUACUAUUGACCUAAUAGAAGAAUAUUUUGAUGACCAAAUUAUUAGUAAAGGAUUAUGGCCUCCAAGAUCUCCAGACCUCACACCUCCUGACUACUUUUUAUUUGGUCAUAUAAAAAAUAAAGUAUUCAGAAAUCGUUUGCAUGAUGUGAAUGAAUUGGAGCAAGCUAUAGUUAAUGAAAUUGAAAGUGUAACUGAGGAGCAACUGCAUAAUGUGUUCGAAAACAUGAAAAGAAGGGUUAAUGCUUGCAUAGAAGCUGCUAUUUCUACUGAAACUUCUCAAAGAGGUACGCCAAGAGAUAGAAAAGUUGCGUUUAACAUCAGCAACUUUCAUCAGUUUUCCUACUGCAUGAAUGAUUGGAAAGGUGUAGUACUUGCAAAAGACUACAUUAAUGGAUUCGAGAAACAUACAUUUUGUCUAGGACUUUCCAAUAUUGUAGCAGAACCUAAAGUAUUUUGUUACCUAACAGGAAAACUUCCCAUAAAAUCAGAUAAAAUGGAUCACAUAAAGAAAUCGGCUAAAUAUGUGAACGACGUUGAAGGAACAAAAGAAUUUUGGGAAAAUGGAGGAGACUUACUAAGCCUGAAACGGCACGGUGGGUGGAAAUCGGGUUUAGUGGCUGAAGGGUAUAUUGAGAAAUCAAUAGCUGAUAAGAAGAGAAUUGCCGGAUUAGUGCAAAAACCUAAUUUACCCAAUGAAGCUACAAGUAUACCCUCAACUUCCUCUGCAAGUCCAUGUUGA